UGUUCUCUUCGUCAUUUUGCAUAGACAAACGUAACAUUUCCUCUCGUAAAAGGGCAAUGUUCUCGUUCUGUUUUUGAAUACUGUCCCAUAUUGCUCGCAACAUUGGGUCAGUUGAGGUUGAAGUUUGAGAUUCGUUUGCCUUAGACAUUAUUGCGCUGAUUUAUAAUUUUCAGACGAAGACGAGUCUUGGCUACUGAAGCUAAAUUUUCUUUCACGGUAACGUACAAAGGAAUUCAGUUUACCUUUUAUUGUUACUUCACUUGGUUCGUGAUAGUUACUUUGUUGUUGCGGAUGACCGUAGUCCCAAAUAAUUCGAUCUUCCGUAGAUAAUGAAUGUCUUUUGGUUUCCGAACAAACACUUUUCACUAUCCUGGCAGGAUCGCCAAAAUGUCACGUAAAAUAACAAAAUAAAAAAAGGAAUUUGAGGUAAAAAAUAAAAAAAGAAAACUUUAUUUUUUUUCUAACAUCAAUACACUUUACAAUCUACUUCCGAACUCUAGGCGUGACUUUCUAAGACUGACUCUUAUGAUUUUACUUUCGAUCGGAUCCGAUUACAUUCUUUUGUCAUCCCUCAACAUCCCCACCGUCCAUGCAUUUGCUAGGCGUCCGUGAUCGUUGCCACGUGCUCUUUCUUCUAGAACCUUCGGUGGAAGGACCGUUGGGAUGUUGAUGGUUCAUUAGGCACUUCAGCGAUAUACAUUGUCGCCGAGUGCUUUAUCUCUAUCGUCAGUCCGUCGGAUUUGAAGUAUGCCGGUCGUGACAGUGUCAUCCGGACAGCUACAGUUCAGACGGCAAAGAGCAUUUUGGAUCGGGGCGUCAAAAGGCUUGUCCCACUGCCAAUUCAACCCGAUCUCGAGAAACCCGAACAACUAGCCACCGAGACGAAAUAAGAUGGGAACUUCAACCACACCUCGCUAGUUUGAUCGGUACCCUCUCAACAGGGGGAGAAUGUUACGCCAUGCGGCUUACCAUAGGUCAUAUUCUUAACUAUCGAUCGCGGCACUAUAAUGUCGGCGACGGAUCGUCGCGUCUGCCCGGCAAACAAACAUUGUAGUGGCAAGCGCAUGGUUCAUUAAGCAGGGCGACUUCCAGAAACGUCGACUCGUGGCCCGUAUUUUACCUCGCGUAAAAGAAUGUGGCGUGAUCCGAACGUAGUGGGGGUCGCCUUCCAGAAAAAACGAAAAAAAUCGAAAGGCGUUCAGAACUUUUCGAGAAGUCGAACCGUCAACACAUGUGAAUGUACCACACCGGACAAUCAAGAAGGCAGGUGCCUUGACUACAGAAAAUGUAAACCUCUGCAAGAAAUAUGGCAGAUACAGUACCGUACAGCCACCGAUUUUUAUAGACGAUCAGUGUGCAGAUACCAGGGCAAUGUUACGAUCGUUUGCUGUCCGAACGAUCCAAACAAAGAGAAGAGAGAAAUUUUAAUAAAAACUGUGUAUAAGUAUAAGGCUUUGCGACCACCAUACUGUGGUUUUAGCAACGUCUCUCAUACCAGGGUGGUCGAUGGUAAACCAGCUGAACUUGGCGCUUGGCCAUGGAUCGCUGCAUUAGGUUUUCGUAAUCCCCGAAAGCCAGACAAACCACUAUGGAAGUGCGGAGGUUCCCUGAUAUCGGCUAGGCAUGUUUUGACCGCAGCACAUUGUGCACAUAUGGAUGGAAUAGAAAACAUACACAAUCAUAAUAUUGCCAUUCUUAGAUUGGUGGAGGAGGUGCCAUUUUCGAGGUACGUAUAUCCCAUUUGUACGAAAGAGCAACUUCGUCGGCUAUAACCCCCUUGUUGCUGGAUGGGGAGCGUUAAGAUAUAGACGACCACGACCUAAUGCAUUAAUGGAAGUACAAAUGCCAGUGAUUAAGAACGCCGAAUGCAAAAUAGCUUAUUCCAAAUUUCCUAAUGCACUUGAUAUCACUGAUGGUAUAAUAUGCGCCGAACAUGCUCAGGGUGGAGAGGAUUCUUGUACGAUAAUUAAGUUACAGAGUUACUACAAACUAUACGGUAUCUGAAGACACGUCGAUUCGAAUUAACAUCAAAUCGACGUCUUAAACAUUAAAAAUAAUAGAUAAACACAAUUUAAUAGUUUUGCCCACUUCUCACACCUCGUUAUGGUAUUUAAUCUAAUUUCCUUCUAAUCUUAGUUUUGCUCAAAAUACAUAUAACAUGUACGUUAUAAAUUGGAGUAUUUCAAUACACAAAUCAAUAGAAGAUUAUUACUGUAUAUAAGUAUAAUUUCAAUACAAUUCGAUCGAUAUAUUUCAGUAUCUUUGAUUAAAAAUUUAACGAUCCUUUCAGGCUGACCGUGGCGGACCACUGCUGAUACAACAUGAAUUAACCUCGUAUUUAAUAGGUAUUGUGUCUUAUGCUUAUAAGUGCGGCACAGCUGGGUAUCCCAGCGUUUACACUAGGGUCACAUCGUACCUUGACUUCAUUCUCCAAGCGAUGCAAUAAUAUGAUAUUACUGUUCCAUAAAUAUCAUUGUGUAAAAAACGUAAAGUUGGAUUUUCUUAUUGUGGAGAUAAGAAACAGCUCAAAUUUACAUUGUUUUGUACGUUACAAAUUAUAGGCUUAAAAUGUACGAAAUGUAACUUUGAAACGACACUAAUUUUUUACGCACGAUAAACCUCCACGACUUAGGCUGUUAAUCUAGAGGCUGGAGUACAAAGAAGUGGCACAAUGAUGUGGGCUGAUGACAUUUAUAAUUAUCAAGGAA